CUGAGCCCAAAAUUUUAAAUAAAUAAAUAAAUAAAAGAAGCGAUUGCUUAAGAGGACAGACCACGCGUAGAGAAAAGUUCGAAAAUCUUAAUACUCGGAAAGACGCAAAGCUCUAAUCAGAGAUUGGUUUUCUCAUUCUCUUCCGCACUUCAAUUUCCUCAUUUCUAGGGUUUCUCUGCGUUUCAACUCGUGGAUUAAUCGGCGAUGUUCAAGUUCUGGGGAUCUCAGGACCAACAACCUCAGCCACGUCCACAGGAUGGUUCUUCACAGUCUUGGUAUCCUCCAUCUGUAGUUAGCUCUCCAAAUUCAUCUCGUCCUGGAACACCAAGCAGUGCCUCUUCUAGCAGCUUCAGUUCACAUAGGACUUCAGAUAGGCCACAGUCGCCAUCACAUGUUUCACCUGCUGAAGCUGCGGGUAUUAUUGCUGUUCUGAAGGAUAAAAGUGUUGAUGAAUUACGGAAGCUUUUGUCUGACAAGGAUGCAUACCAUCAUUUCUUACUCUCACUUGAUCAAGUGAAAAUUCAAAACAAUUUAAGAGAUGAACUUCGUAAGGAGACUCUACAACUUGCGAGGGAGAACUUGGAAAAGGAACCACGGAUUAUGGAGCUUAGAAACCAGUGCAGAAUAAUUCGGACAACAGAAUUGGCUGCUGCUCAGGAGAAACUCAAUGAGCUUGAGAGAAAGAAGGAAGAGACAUUGAAAUUCUAUUCCCCUCAAUCCCUUCUCCAAAGGCUUCAAGAUGCGAUGAAUAAGACGGAGGAGGAAUCGGAAAACCUGCACAAACAGCUCUUAGAUAGGGAUGUGGACCUUGGGACCUUUGUGCAGAAAUACAAGAAGCUUCGUACCACUUACCAUAGGCGUGCGCUUAUUCACCUUUCAGCCAAAACUUCUUCAAUUGGUUGAAUAGGUAUAGCAGAUGUAUAAUUUCAUAUUGAGGAACGUUGCCUCUUGUUUUAUUGUAUGAUAUUGGUAUAAUUUUGUUUUGUUGGUAUAAGUUCAUUUUGUAUAUCAUGUCAGCCUUUUUUUUGGCUAUUGUUAUUAUGCCAAUCCUUAUCAAAUCAAAGCCAUUAUUGUGGUUAACAAUAACUUCAUUGUUUGUAUGUGCAAGUGCUAUGUUCAAUCUAUCACUUCGCACAUUAUUACCGACGUCCCACUUUUUGUAUCAAGUUUGAGUCUUGACAGACUUGAUGUU